GGAAAUCUACAACCUAUAUCAUUGGAGAACAAAUCCAUUUUCUCUCCUCACAAACUCUCCUAGCUCACACACCACAAAACCCUAUUCAAAUCAACAAAUCACAAAUUAAAAAAAAAUGGUGUCUUCUCCCAUUACUGAAGGCCUCAUAUACGAUAAAAAACUAUCCUCGGUCGGGCCGGCCUAUGCGACCGACCCGGACUUAGUGCACGAGCCCGGCAACUUGGACUUAGCCAUGAAGCUCCACUACCUAAGAGGAAUCUACUACUUUGAGAGGCAAGCUUUUGAGGGUUUGAGAAUCCUUGCCAUCAAGGAGCCCAUGUUUGACUGGCUUAACAAGUACCCGGUCACGUCGGGGCGCUUUCGCCGGGCCGAAUCGGGCCGGGCCUAUAUAAAAUGCAAUGAUUGUGGGGUGAGAUUUCUUGAGGCCAAAUGUGACAAAACUCUAGAGGAAUGGUUUCAAAUUCGGGAUGCAUCUCUUGAGAAGCUCCUUGUUUCCAACCAAAUCAUUGGGCCCGAACUUGGAUUUUCACCUCUCGUUCUUAUUCAGUUAACCAAAUUUAAAUGUGGCGGAACUUCAAUGGGCUUAAGCUGGGCCCAUGUUCUCGGCGAUGCAUUCUCCGCCGCAGAGUUUCUAAACAUGUUGGGCCGCCUUGUUGCUGGACAAGAUCUGGGCCCUCCAUUCGGCUUGGCCCAAUCUCUCACAAAAUCAGUGAUCUCCAACGACCUGCCAAAAGUCGUGGAAGAUCCGAUCGCGGUCAAACGGGUCGAACCGGUUGGUGAUAAUUGGCUGACACCCACAAAAUUCAAAUUAGAGCCAUUCUAUUUUGAUGUCACCCCAACACAAUUGGCCCAUCUCCAAUCAAAAGUAGGCCCUAAAUUUGGCCCAUUUGAGGCCAUCUCAGCUAUCACUUGGAAAUGCAUUGCCAAAAUUAGGGGCCAAGAAAUGGGCCCAAAUGUUGUGACAAUAUGCAAGAAAAGUGAAAAGGAGAACAAGGUUUAUGGCAUGUUGGGUAACACACAAGUUGUGAGUGUGGUGAAGGCUGAUUUCCCCAUAGUGGAUGCUGAGCCUAGUGUGUUAGCUAAACUGAUGAGAGAGGAGGCCUUUGAUAUAAGAGAUAAAAUUAAUGAGGCUAUGGAGAGAGAAAAUGGAGUGGUUGAUUAUGUGGUUUAUGGGGCCAAUUUGACAUUUGUGAACCUUGAAGAUGCCAAAUUUUAUGAUUUUGAGUAUAGGGGGCAAAAGCCGGUCCGUGUUAGCUACCGGGUUGAUGGAGUGGGCGACGAGGGGGCGGUGUUGGUGCUUCCGGGACCGAACGAGGGCGAAGGGAGGGCGGUGGUGGCUAUCUUGCCGGAGGAAGAAAUAGGAGGGCUUGAAGCGGAGUUGAAAAAGGAAGGGCUUAUUGCAUGACCAAAUUUAUUUUUCUAGGGCAAUAAUGUGUGCACUAAUAUUUAUCACGUGUGAUGCACCUAUUAUUAGUUUUCUAGGUUUGUGGCUUUACCAAUAUCUUUGUUAUCAUGGUCUACUGAAUAAUGCUUGUCGACGAUGGAAUGAUUUUAAUUAGUUUUGUAAUUUGUCUAA